AUUGAUUACACCCAGCCUCCUGCCGACCAGUUUGCUUGUUUGGUAGCUUCAGAUUGUCAGCCGACCGCCAAAUUGCCUUGCCUGACUGUCUCAAAGCAAAAUUCGACAUCCUUUGUGCAAAAGGUCCAGAGUUGUAAGAACGACACUUAUUAUGCUUGCCAGCUUCCAGGAACGUGCCCAGGCGACUUUUCCUUUCACAAUGGAUUUUGCUACAGGUUAAUACAACAUACAAACCAGAAGUUCACAGAUGCACUGAAAGACUGCGAGAGUAAAGGGUCGGCAUUGGCCUAUCCACAGUCGGUGGAUGAUCUCAAUUUUCUCAAAAAGCUGAUUCGGAUCUCCAUACAUAUAAACGCAAUUGAUAUACCUGUUACGAGAGUAUUGAUCGGGUUGAACAGCAUAUUCGAGGACUGGUCGAGUGGAUAUGACUAUAUGCCUCAAGAUGAUAUCUUAGCUUUAGCAGGAGAACGUAUCCCUAGUAAGCCAUUCCGAUAUGCCACAUUGCCAGCAACCUUGAGAGGCGACGUGAACCUUACUGCAGUAGGUAAUGUUGUGGGUUCGGCCCCACAAAUCAGUUAUGCUGCCUGUCAGCUCUAUGGCCCCCGAGGUUGCUGGACUAACCCCCCGGUACUCGCCGAGACCACGUACCAGGAAUGGAAUGGCCAGUUAGAAACAGAUACAGUAGUUACGCACAAAUGCUUCCCUGGAUACUUCAUGAAUAACAGCAUCUCGAAAACCGAACAAAAGGUCACGUGCUGGGGUCAGUUGGGCGGAUGGGUGGCCCCCGAAGACGAGAUCUACAAUUGCACAAUUUUGGAAGUGUGUGGUUACAAUAGAUUCACCUGCAAUGGGUCUUUGCAUUCAGAUAUCUUGGUCUCUGAGGAUUUCCUAACACUAAAUUCCAGCAUCCAGUUUACAUGUCCACCUCGGAAGGCAAUGCCUGGAGGAGCUACAAGGAUGAAUUCCACCUGCAUCUAUGACCCCGUGGAAACGCCGCCCUACCGAUUUGAUCCUCUGAAUAUCCCUCCCUGCACUGUAUGCGUCGAGAACGUCAGCAUUGAUAAUGCCACAUCCGACUGGAUAAACACGAAAGAAUAUUCAGAGGGCAUGGAAGUGACUAUCACCUGUGAUGAAGGUUUCAUGAUAAGAAAUAAAAAUGGAAGCGCCUCCAAAACCUUCACAUUUAAGUGCGAUGCUCUAGGAUGGAACAUUGCCCUCAAGAGAAUCCGGUGUUUACCCGUAUGCAGCAGUCCACCCAAGCCUGGCUCCAACAUGUCUAUAAAUGUGACGAGUUUAUUUAUUGGAACUAACCUGACCUAUGUGUGUGAUGAAGGAACAUAUAUCCCUACCACUUUUCCGAACACUGUGAACUCCACCAGUGUCACAUGUGAAAUGGACAGAACCUGGAAUAAUUCACUGGGAUUAAAUGAGACAGAAUUGUACUGUGCUAAAAUUUGUUUUGAUGACCCUGUAACUUCGCCUUUCGUCAUCACCACUUGGGACAACGUCACUAGGACUGUCGGAACAAAGAUAAAUCUCCUUUGCCCGAAUGGGUUUCACUUCCCUGACCUCAGCAUCGUCAUUUCGGUCACUUGUGAAGUAGGAGGUUUAUGGACAAACUUAACAGAAGAUGAUAUCCUUUGCAGGAGAUAUACUGAGUCCCCACCAGCACCACCCAACGGUUCUGUGUAUCAUCAUCCUCCCAGGCCCUACUGGGAGGGCAUUGCACUGAACUUCACUUGUUCUGAUGGCUAUAUUUCCAAGGAUGGAAAAAACACGACUUCAGUAACCUUCAACGGCACCGAAUGGGUUCCUUUUGAUCCUGACUUCAUUUGUUUACAAUAUUGCGGAGAGCCAGUCCCGGCCGAAGACCCGGUGAUGAUGACCUUCAAUGGUACUACAGCAGUUGAGGGCGACAUGAAUUUUUACAUUUGUCCACUAGGCUUUGAAGGGGGUCUCAUGAGUGUAUCCUCCACAUGCAAAGAUGGAAACUGGACACUUACUGACAUACCCCUCUGCAGAAUGUGCGCAGACCCUGUACCACCACCCGAGAACGUGGUACUCAUUACGGACGGGAUUUUUGAGUACGGCGCGAAGGUGACUUACUUGUGUCAGGGGGAGUAUGGAAAUGGAGCAAAGGAGUUAGAGAGCACCUGCGUCGAUGGAACUUGGGACGUACAGGAAGUUGAUCAGUGUUAUUUGCACUGCAUAAUGUAUUCUCACAAAUCAGGUGCACAGAAGCGGAAAGAAAAACAGGCUAGGGAAGAGGCUGUUUCAAAGUGUGCAAGAACAUUAUUUGAAGUGGGUGUUAAGAAAAUAGACACAAUAGACACUAAUGUAGAAGAACAGAAUAUCUUGCCCUCAUCCUCAGAGUCAGACCCCUCAACUUCACAGUCAUUAGUCCAGGAUGCCCAACAGGAAGCCGAAUCCGAUGUAAUAAAUGCAGAACCCAAGACACUGAACAACAAAGAGAUAUAGGUUUGAUCCCUGAUAGGCCAUCUCGAGUGCAGAUUGAAGAUUUUGUUAGACAGGGCCCUCAGCCAAUACCAAGUCAAAUAGCUUCAGAUGAUAAGGGUAACAGUUUCCCUUAUACAGUUUUGAAAGUUCAGAGACCAAAUGGUGAAACUGGAAAACGAGAUUGGCUAGUGUAUAGUCAGCGUAAAAGAGCACUUUUUUGUUUUCCUUGUCGACUGUUUAUUGCAGGAUGUACACAACAGCCAAAACACCUUCAAAUUUGGCUUCAUGUGGCAUUGGAAAACAAUCGUCAUGGAAAAAAACUUUAUAACCGCAUUCCAGAACAUGAGCAUACAAACUACCACAAACAGUGUUAUCUAGACUGGCGUCAGUUAGAAGCACGUUUGAAAGAGGAAUCUGGAAUUGAUGAUCAGUUACAGAGAUCAAUUCAGUCUGAGAAAAGUAAAUGGAAGCUAAUUCUAAAACGAAUCUUGGAUGUUGUACUGACUUUAGGAGAGCGAGGCCUUUCAUUUCAAGGAGAGUCUAGCAUGAUAGGUGAUACAAAUAAUGGAAAUUUUCUUGGUAUAAUUGAGCUGCUUUCUCGUUAUGAUCCCAUUCUUCAAGAUCAUGUAUCUAAAGUGAGAGAAGCUCAGAAGGAUGGGAAGCGUCUUCAGGCUCAUUAUCUUUCCUAUUCGUCACAAAAUGAAUUCAUUCAAUUAUGUGCCGAAAAGGUUAAAGACUGUAUUCUUAAUGAGCGUGAUCAGGCCAAAUAUUAUUCAAUAAUGGUUGAUGCUACCCCGGAUAUGUCACAUACUGAACAAAGUACAUUCAUCCUGAGAUACC